UGGAUCAUCAUCAACGAAUUUAUUUCAACAUUUUACAUCACCAUUAUAUCAUCAUCAUCAUCAACAACAACAACAGCAGCAACAGCAGCAGCAGCAGCAAAUUUGUUCCAGUACAACAUUAUUGGAAUUGCCUAUUAUGAAAUCAAAACGUGCUGAAUCAAAUUCCAGUUCAACAUCAUCAUCAAAUCAUUCAACAACAACAACAACAACAACAUCGACAACAACAACAAAAUCACCAACAGCAACAACAACAAUAACAUCAAUGAUAGAAAAACCAUUACAAAAUUUAGCCGAUACUAGUCAACAACAACAACAACAUCCGGAUACACAACAUCAUCAUCAUCAAUAUGAUGAUAUCGAUGAUGAUGAUAUUGAUGAUGGUUCUGGUUCGGAUGAUAAAUUAUCAUCGAUUAUCAGUGGUGGUGGUGGUAGUAAUGUUGUUGUCAGUGGUGGUAAAAAUCAUGGAAAUAGUAAUAAUAAAAAACGAACACGAAGACAACGAACACAUUUUACAUCACAACAAUUACAAGAGCUUGAAUCAACAUUUCAACGUAAUCGUUAUCCAGAUAUGGCAACACGUGAAGAGAUUGCCAAUUGGACAUCAUUAACUGAACCAAGAGUACGGGUAUGGUUUAAAAAUCGUCGUGCAAAAUGGCGUAAACGUGAACGUAAUGUAGCCGCUGAACAAUUACGACAAGCAUCGGCUGCAACAAAUUUUUCAACAGCCGCAGCAGCAGCAGCUAGUUUUAAUGGAUUGAUUCCAACAUUAGAUCAUCAUCCGCAUCCACAUUCACAUCAUCAUCAUCAACAUCAUGAUCCAUCAUCAUUAUAUAGUGGUUAUCAAUCUGCAUAUGCAAAUGGUUGGACAACAGCAGCAGCAGCAGCUAAACAUCAUGCUGCAGCGGCAGCAGUAGCAGCAGUUGCAGCUAAAAAUACAUUUCCAUGGUCAACAUUAACAUCAUCAACAACAUCAUCAUUAGGUGGAAAUAGUAUUGGUCAUAUUAUUGGAAAUGAUGAAUCAACAUCCGAUUCAACAACAACACCAACAACAACAACAUUACUAGGAACAAAUAUAAUCGAUAAUGGAUCAAUAACUUCUGGUCUUUAUCCAUCAUCAACAUCCCCACCACCACCACCACCAUCAUUUUCAGCUGCUGCAAUUGUUUAUCAACAACAUCGUUUAGGUAUUAGUGGUGGUGAUAAUGGUACAUCACAACCUUCAUCCCCCCAACAACAACCACCACCACCAUUAUCAUCAACGACAUUAAAUAAUCAUCGAAAUUAUUCAACAAAAACUAAUAGUUCGAAUAAAUUAUCAUCACCACCAAGAUUAUCAUCAUCAUCAUCAUCAUCAUCGUCAUCAUCAUCACCAAUUGGUG